AUGCCGAAUCCGCCGCCGAAAGAAGAUACGUGGGCGUUCCAGCCGAUCGGAGCGCCCUUUCCGCCGAGCCCCGUCAAGUGUAUGGGCGAACAGAAUAUGUACGUGGCGCUGUGGUACAAGCACGGAAAACCGAUUCACGGACGUUCGUGGAACAACGGAGGAGUCGUCGAGUGCUCGUUUCCCUACAAGGACGCCGAGUUGACGACGAAGCAGCAGCUGGAGGGACAGAUUCAGGUGCUUCAGUACCUCGCCGACCACAACACCCAAGGUGAGGGGGGUUUCUAUUGGCAUCCCCAGAUGGUUUCAUGUCUUCAGGUUUCUGGUACGAGUGGAUCAAGUACAAGGACCGUCUCGAGAAGCUCGACGACAAGCACCAGCUCGUGCGUUGCGGCGACUCGUUUCCCAUCUUCUGGAAGCGCGACGAGGGAAACCUGAUGGGCUACGUGGACAACAAGACCGAAGAGGCGUGGUUCUCGAUCAACGGAAAAGUGCUGAAGCAGCUCGGUCCGCAGCUCAACGACAUGUUCAUCAUUACGCGCAACUGCAUCGGCGGACCGCCUCACUGCCCGUGCGCAGUGUGCGGAGCCGCGCCGCCACCGCCGAAGCCGGUGCCACGUGUCGAGAGGGACGAAUGGAUGGACAUUCGCGAGGGAGAUCCGUGGCCGACGCGUCCGCUCGUCAAGGCUCUGGACAAGUCGCUCGACACCCUUCCCGGGGUCAAUGCCGACCAGUACGUGGCGCUGUGGUACAUGCAGGGAGAGCCAGUCAUGGGACGCGUCUGGAACGAGGGAGGAAAGGUGAACGAGAGAGUGUGGAACAGCAUGUAAUCAGCUGAAUUUCAGGUGGCCGCCAACUUCUCGUGGUUCAACAACGAGUACGCCAAGAACAUCGGAUCAAUGCAGCUGCUCAUCUACCUGCCGGACAGUGUUCGCGGCUUCGACUACGGCUGGAUCCCGUUCCCGGAGGCGGCCAAGUUUGGCGACAAGGAAUGGCACCCGGUGCACGUGAACAACCACAAGGGCGACAUCUCGGUGGGCGUGGUCAACCUGCCCGGCGGCAAGCAGAUCCUCGCCAAGAUCGACGUGCGCAACGAGAAAUACGGCUACGGAUACCAGGGCAAAGAGCACUCGGCGACCGCGAAGGGCUGCUCGGACAGCACGAUUGUGCUGUGCCGCAAAGCGAAACCGGGAUACAAGCUCGACGGAUAA